GUCUUUCGUUGUCGUCGUCGUUGUCGUGUCUCGAGUCUUGCUAGCUAUCGGACCGCGUCUUCAACCGGACCUCCAGAAGCUAUUACCACUACUGCAACAACUGCUACCUACAAAUGGCCAGACUUACCUACGGCGAGCUCGAAAGAGCCAGACUGCUCGACACAAUGGAUACUGACUACUACGUCAAGGCAAUUCGCAAGAAGAUGGAGAGCGAUCUCUCCAAGAAGAAGCACCUCACGAGCCGAGCCCGUCACUCACGCAAGGCCCCGCCGGGAACCGUCCUCGCCUUGAAGCCCAGUCAAGCCCUGCAGAUCAAGCCCGCCACCACCGUCGCCGAGGCCGCCCAGCUCAUGGCCGCCAAGCGCGAGGACUGCGUGCUCGUCACCGACGACGACGACCGCAUCGCCGGUAUCUUCACCGCCAAGGAUCUCGCCUUCCGCGUCGUCGGCGCCGGCCAGAAGCCCAACCACAUCACCAUUGCCGAGAUCAUGACCAAGAACCCCCUCUGCGCCCGCACCGACACCAGCGCCACCGACGCCCUCGAUCUCAUGGUCCGCAAGGGUUUCCGUCACUUGCCGGUUAUGGACGAGAACCAAGAUAUUUCCGGUAUUCUCGAUAUUACAAAGUGUUUCUACGAUGCCAUGGAGAAGCUGGAGCGUGCCUACUCGUCCUCGAGACGUCUGUACGAUGCCCUCGAGGGUGUUCAGUCCGAGCUCGGCACGAGCCAGCCGCAACAGAUUAUCCAAUACGUUGAGGCUCUGCGUUCCAAGAUGUCGGGCCCGACUCUCGAGUCGGUCCUGGACGGACGGCCCCCGACGACGGUCAGCGUGAGAACCUCGGUCAAGGAGGCGGCACAGAUGAUGAAGGAGAACCGAACCACUGCCGUCCUGGUGCAAGACCAGGGUGCCAUCACUGGUAUCUUUACCAGCAAGGACGUCGUCCUUCGUGUCAUUGCCCCUGGUCUCGACCCCGCGACGUGCAGCGUUGUCCGCGUUAUGACGCCUCACCCGGACUUUGCUCCCAUGGAAAUGAGCAUCCAGGCUGCUCUCCGCAAGAUGCACGACGGCCACUACCUCAACCUUCCCGUCAUGAACGAGGGCGGCGAAAUCGUCGGCAUGGUCGACGUUCUCAAGCUCACCUACGCCACCCUCGAGCAGAUCAACACCAUGUCUACUUCAGACAGCGAAGGACCCGCGUGGAACAAGUUCUGGCUUUCGCUCGACGAUGGCACCGAGUCCAUGAUGUCCGGCGAGGGCAGCCACACCCACCACACAAAUCUGGGCUCACGCAUCAUGUCUCCCGACAUCACGCGGGAGCGCAUCGGCGACAGCGUUGCUCCCGGCGACUCUGCCUCCCACGUUGGUCUCGAGUCACCGCCUCGCUCCGCCGUUACCGGCAACAGCCCGGCUCAGCAGUCCCCUGCCGAACUGCCCUUCCCCUUUAAGUUCAAGGCGCCGUCCGGCCGUGUCCACCGCCUGCAGGUCAUUGCCUCCCAGGGUAUCUCAGCGAUGGUUGCCAACGUUGUUGCUAAGCUGGGAAGCGAGAUCGAUGCCAUUGGCGGUGCUCCCGUUGCCGACGAAGGCAAGAUCUCGGGUGGUUUUGCGCUCAGCUACCUCGACGACGAGGGUGACUCCGUCUCCAUCACGACAGACAACGAUCUGCUCGAGUCAAUUCUCCUCGCCCGCCAGAGCCGCCGGGAAAAGGUCGACUUGUUCGUCCACGACCCCGAGAAGCCCCCCGUUUCCGCCGCACCCCCCACCAUCGAGACCAUUGCGCUCCCCACCCCUCCCAUCUCCGCCACGCCCGACCUGCGCCGGAGAAGAGCCUACGAUGACGAGGACGACGAGGCGGAGGAUGAGGACGAGGAUGAGUCUACGAUCCGGAGGUCGCGUCGCGCGAAACACCACGCACCCGCGGAGAAGGAGGUCAUUGCCGGUGUUCCGAACGAGUUGCUGCUCCCCGGUGCCAUUGUGACGUUGGCGGUUGUUAUUGUCGGUGUUUUCACGAUCUCGCGCCUGACCAGUAGGUAAGGGGGGAAUGUGCUAUAGAGAGAGAUACAGAGACAAGAAAGAGGAGGAUCUCAAUCACGACUUUACGAG